GCAGGCUGUGUAUCUUCCGUCUUUCGAGCUGGGCUGUCAUAAAUAUUUUUAUUCACUUUCCCAUUUUCUUUAGAUCCACACAGGCGUUAACAGCUUUGAAAUCAUCAUGAGUUUUACUUUGCUGCGCAAGCAUGCAACCCAAAUGGGGAUUUUUAAGACCCGAUCGACUUUGGGUCGAAGCUAUAUACCCAUGGCUGGUCCACCCCGAUUUCCGAUGACCACCGUCCAGCGUUUGAUCUUUGGCUGCGGACCCCUGGUUCUCAUGAUGAUCAUUCCCUACUGGUGCCUCUUCAACAUCCCGCGUUGGUCGAGGAUGCACAAUGGCCUUCCUCCCUUGGAGGAGGAGGAGGAGCAGGAAAAGGAGCCACCGCCAGCCAAGGAGGAGAAGCCCAAGAAGGAGGAAAAGAAAAAAUAGAUUGUGAACCAACAGACACUUAAUAUGUUUAAACGGUGACUUCUGAACAACUCUUACUGGGGUCUCCACAGUGAUUUUAAAUUCUGGAAAAUGUUUAUUCCCCAACACAUUUUAAUGGAAUAAACAGAUCAGUUGUAA